CGGCGCGGCGGCCGGGGCGAAGGCGGGCGGGACGGCGCCCCCUGCGGCCGGGCUGCGGGCUCCCGGCUCCCGGCCGGCGCGGCGGGGCGGACGGGCUGCCGAGCGAGCGGCGCCGCCGAGGCCCCAUGCUGCUGCCCCUGGCCUGCCUGCACGGCCGGGUGGCGCAGUGCCUCACCGCGCUCCUGGUGCUCGCCGAGCCGCCCCCGAGGCCCCGGCGCGGCGCUGGGGCGCACGGCAAGCCUUCCCCGCACACGGCGGCCGCCCUGCCCGUGAAGAUGGCCGCGGAGCUCUACCCGCCCGCCGGCGCCGCGGCCGCCACCGCCACAGACAUCGCCAACAGCAACGCCAGCGCCGCCGCGGGCAGGAAGGGCCCGCCCCGCGCCCCGCUGCCCGCCCCGCCGCCGCCCGCCCCCGCGCCGCCCGCGCCCGACAACAACAAUUUGGAGAGCCCCAACUGGCAGUCCUUCCACCCCACCCUGCGCGAGAGGAAUGCGCUGAUGUUCAACAACGAGCUCAUGGCCGAUGUCCGCUUCAUCGUGGGGCCCCCGGGGGCGGCCCGUAGGGUGCCUGCCCACAAGUACGUCUUGGCUGUGGGUAGCUCCGUCUUCUAUGCCAUGUUUUACGGGGACCUGGCGGAAGUCAAGUCAGAAAUCCACAUCCCUGACGUAGAGCCUGCAGCUUUUCUGAUCUUGUUGAAGUACAUGUACAGUGACGAGAUCGAUCUGGAAGCCGACACAGUGCUGGCCACUCUCUAUGCUGCCAAGAAGUACAUUGUCCCUGCGUUAGCAAAAGCCUGCGUCACCUUUCUGGAGACGAGUCUGGAAGCCAAGAAUGCCUGUGUCCUGCUGUCCCAGAGCCGGCUCUUUGAGGAGCCCGAGCUGACCCAGCGCUGCUGGGAGGUCAUUGACGCACAGGCUGAGAUGGCACUGAGGUCCGAGGGCUUCUGUGAGAUCGACUGGCAGACGCUGGAAAUCAUCGUGACCCGGGAGGCCCUCAACACCAAGGAGGCAGUGGUCUUUGAGGCGGUCCUGAGCUGGGCCGAGGCGGAGUGCAAGCGGCAGGGGCUGCCAGUCACCCCUCGCAACAAGAGGCACGUUUUGGGACCCGCCCUUUAUCUCGUCCGAAUCCCAACCAUGACCCUGGAGGAGUUCGCCAAUGGCGCUGCCCAGUCGGACGUCCUGACACUGGAGGAGACCCACAGCAUCUUCCUGUGGUACACGGCGGCCAACAAGCCCCUCCUCGCCUUCCCCCUGACCAAGAGGAAGGGCCUCGCCCCGCAGAGAUGCCACCGCUUCCAGUCGUCUGCCUACCGCAGCAACCAGUGGCGCUACCGCGGGCGCUGUGACAGCAUCCAGUUCGCGGUGGACAGAAGGGUGUUUGUCGCAGGGCUGGGCUUGUAUGGGUCCAGCUCCGGGAAGGCUGAGUACAGCGUGAAGAUCGAGCUCAAGCGGCUGGGGGCCGUCCUGGCUCAGAACCUGACCAAGUUCGUCUCGGACGGCUCCAGCAGCACCUUCUCGGUCUGGUUCGAGCACCCUGUGCAGGUGGAGCAGGACACCUUCUACACGGCCAGCGCCGUCCUGGACGGCAGUGAGCUCAGCUACUUUGGGCAGGAGGGCAUGACAGAGGUGCAGUGUGGGAAGGUGACCUUCCAGUUCCAGUGCUCCUCGGACAGCACCAACGGGACGGGGGUCCAGGGGGGGCAGAUCCCAGAGCUCAUCUUCUAUGCCUGAGGCGCCGUGGGCUGGCACAGGUGUGCCGUGGCGCACACGAGGCCCGGCCGCCCAGCAAGUCCAGGGGAGGGGGUGCAGGGCUGCGGCAGCGCUGACGGCAUGAAAGGCUCUGCCUGUUUUCUAUCUUUUGUACAGUCAAGCAGUAGCUGAAGCUGUGAGACAGCCACUCUCUACAGCCUGAGCCUCGGUUUCUGAAUCUUGGCGGCUGGGCCCUGGCAUCUCCUGUACAUUGGGUGCAUGUCUCAGAUGGAGGGCAGAUUUGGGGGGCACAGGGCAGGCUCCAGAUCCCCUCCCAGAGGUGCCCACAUCACCUGCUUGCGGGCUUUGCCCUCCCUCCCUCCCACCCUCUUAGAUUCUAUUCUAAGUGGUUCUACACUUAAGACCUUACCCUCAAAUCCAAAAUUGGGGAAAGUCACUUAAAAUAGUUAAUCUGUUUUAGUGGGUUUUCACAAUAAAGUUUUAAUAAAAUGA